CGGCCGAUCAGUGUGCUCGCCGGCGUUCGUACGGCGAUUACACCGUCGACGCCACUGGCUCUGUUGGUCUCUAAGCGAAGUGUGCAUUGACACGCGCGCGCGCGCGCUUGUUCGAAUCCUAGUGCGCCCGUUAUCGUCGUCGAGAUUAUAAUAUUGUAUUUUUUUUAUUUAAGACGAAAAAUCAUAACUACCGAUUGCGGUACGCCAAUUUUUGAAUAAAAAAAAUCAAACGCGAAGAUUUUGUUGUUUUUUUUAUUAAUCGGCCCGCAUGUGUUGCUACAAGUGCGAAUUAAAAUCUUUCCCGAACUCGUGAAAAGCUUUUUUACACUUAUACUUGAGUUUUUUUUUCUUUUCACGAUGUACGAGAUCGGAACUUCGAUAUCAUUGCCGUUAUCCGAACGUUGAACGCACGCAUUAAAUAAUAAUAUUGUAUUGGAUAAUAUUGUAGUUAUACUUACACGUGUUACCGUAUAUUCUAUAAUAUCCACACAAUUUUAUUUCUAUAAUACGUGCACACGAAAUAGCCAACCAUGGGACUUAGCGGUACCCCCAAAAGACCAUCUUCUUCUAUUGCAGUAAAAGAAGAUCGAGGGUCACCAUUGGGUGAAAACCGCGGGUUGUCGCAGAAAAUCAUGUAUCCGCAAAAUGCUUCGAAAGACGGCAGGUGGAAAAACUUGUACAACAACGAAGCGGGCAGUGACGUCAUAUUUUUAGUUGGAGAUCCAGAAUGUUGGAGGUUUCCCGCGCAUAUAGAUGUGCUAUGUCAAUACCCGGUGUUCGACGCCAUGCUCCGCGAACCUUGGUCGAAAAAAGGCACCCCGAUCCACAUACCGGAUGACGACCCUAGAGCCUUCGACAACCUACUCAAGUUCAUGUAUAAGAACACGGUGGAACUGAAGUCCGUGGUGACCGCGCUCGAGACGCUCGGGCUGGCCAACAAGUACAUGUGCGUGGACCUGGUGGACAAGUGCAUCGUCUACCUGACCCGCAACCUGACCGUGGACACUGUGCUCGUGGUGUACCAGGCGGCCAGGCUGUACGGCGGUCAGACCGCGCCACGCCGCGAACAGCCUGCCGCCUGUUCGCCGGUGCCCACGGCCCGGGCCACCGCACCGCCGCUUCAAGACCUGAUGCCCGCGGCCGUGGCCGCCGAUGACGCGCACUCCGAAGCGUUCGCUCGCAUGGUCCAGCACUACGACACGCUGUUGGCUUACUGCGGGGCGUUCAUCGACAGGAACGCUGAUCGGGUGAUGACUGACGAGAGCGUCGACGAACUGGACACGGUCGAGCUCAGGGAACUGCUGCGACGCGACGGACUAGCAGUGUCCAACGAAAUGGUGCUGUUCGCGACGGUGGAGAGGUGGUGCACGCACAAGUGCAAGCAACAGCACUUGGAACUGACGGUGGCCAACCGGCGGGCGGUGCUGGACGACACGGUGCUGCUGUCGGUGCGCUACCUGCAGAUGACGGCCAACGAGUUCCUGUCGGGGCCCAUGCCCAGCGGCCUGCUCAACGCCCAGGAGACGGCGGUGCUCAUGAAGCACAUACUCAACCCCAAACAGCCCAAGUGGACGUGCCAGCGGCUGACCAAGGAGACGCUCGAGUACAUGGCCACGGCCCGGGCGAAACGGAGCCACGGGACGGCGGGCGCCGGCGGCGGCAGUCUGUCGUACGUCAUCAAGCGGCGGUCGUCGUCGUUCAGGGGCGGCGCCGCGGGCGAUCCGCGCCACUACGGCGGCGGCGGCGACGGCGACGACAGCAGUCAGUCGUCCGAGUUCGAAAAUUCGCCAAAACGGUCGUCGUUGUGCUGUACGGGCGGCAAAAAGAACAAGAAGAACGGCGGCAAGAAGAACAAGAAAAAGUGUGCGGACAGCUGUUUUUGCAAUUGUCUAAUUUACUGUUUGGACGUGUGUUUCGGUUGAACGCGGCCGCUCUCUUCCUUCCCCCCCCCCCAACUUCCACCUCACCAUCACUCGUACACACACACACACUUAAACGCGAACAGACCUAAUAUCGUACGUUACAUUGUGUUUGAGUGUGGUACGUUCAUAAAGUGUGUAGAGAUAAAUUUAAUUUACCUUAACUCGAAAAAAAAAAUCACAAAAAGAUCUCAAAAUAAUAAUUGUUUUUCCUUUUCGUUCGAUCAAACGUAUUAUAAAUGUUAAUAUUAUGAUUUAUGAUAUACGUCCAGAGUUUGUCUCUCCCCCCCCCCACGCGCGUCAUCGGUGCGCGUAUACGUAUAAUAACAAUAAUAAUAUUAAAAAAUAUAACGUAUGAACAAAAAUUAUAAAAAAAAAAAUAUUUACUGCCUCGUACGGGAGUGGUAAGAACCUUCUUAGAACCUUUAUUUCUCUAAUUUUGAACAAAUAUAACCGUUUAAGUAUAUAAUAUAAUUUAAUCUUUGUAUAUUGUGCAGUGCCUAUAUUAUAUAAUAUAUACUACGAGGAGAAGUCACGCCGCGUACAAUGUAUUAUACCAAAAGUCUGACGAAUUAUUAUUAUUAUUUUUUUUUUUUUUUGCAAACGUAUAACCCACUCAUUCAUAAUAAUGUUGUCGUAGACACACCGCUCUCACAAUAUGUUGACGAUUAUUAUAAUGUCCAACGCACCAUAAUAUUAUAACAUAAUAUAUUAUUAUUGUCGAUAAAUUAUUCGUAGUAACCGAGAUCCAAAUCCAUAUACCAAUAUACCAUAAUAUAUAGUUAUUUUUUGUUAUUAUUAUCACGCUCAACGAAAAUAGUUUUUCAACACAGUCCCUAUACGGUUAUACGCACACCUAUUACAUUGUAAUAUUUUUGUACUAUUAUAGUGCCAUAUAGUUUUUAAAUUUAAGUUUUAUUUUUUACGAACUAGACGACAACGGUAGGUACGUUGUUUCUUUCGCCCCGACCCAACUGCAGUAUAAUAACUAAUAAACAACAAAAUGUUUACGCGUUAUAAUGAUAUUAAAAUCUAUAUAAUAAUAUAAUAUAUAUAAUGUACUACUCCGUCUCGAGUUCCCCUUGCACUUUUCCCGCGCACAAACACACGCCGCCUCUCCGUUUUCGGUGGUACGCACGUGCAGCAGCAGCCCAUAAUAAUAUAAAUAAUAUUUUAUAAUAAUAAUGUAUACUACGCGUCAAAAAAUGUUUUCGUCCGCGCCACGAGGAAACCGCACUCUUGACGGCUCGAUUAAAAAUUUGUUUUUAACGACAUUUCGUGCCAGUUACGUUUUAUAGCCAUACAAUAUAUAAUAACACCGCCAUCACGGUUUAUAUAGGAGCAAUAACUAUAUAAUUAAUACUUAUUUUUUAUUUUCUAUUUUCCAGUGCGCAUUUCGUUUUCCGAACAUAAAAAUUUAUCCAUACGCAUAUUAUUAUCACUAUAAUAUAUUAUUAUUAAUAUUAUGUCGUAGUAGUCAUUAUUAAGCGCGAACUUACCAAUAUUAUUAUUAUCGUGAUGCUGCUCGAGACGACGAUGACAUUUUCAUCCUGCAACUCACGUCCGCUUCCCCCCCACGGCCCCACACACCUUUUUCACUGGCCGUGUUCACCAGACCCCGCACUUGUGUUUUUUGCUUCGCACGCGCUAAAAAGUUAUUUGAAUUUACUAUUGUCACUAUAUCCUUUGAACAAAAAAAAGUAUAUACCGAAUAGGGAACGUAGGUACACGAUAUAUAUAUAUAUAUAUAUUAAAUAGUAGUAUUUAAAUAAUAUUAAAUAUUAUAAUAUGAUAUAGUCUCACGUUCGUCAUUCGCAUAUUUAUAUUUUAAAUAAGUACUAUUCAAAUAUAUAUAUAUAAACAUAUAUACAUGGCUAAUACGGACAAACUAUAUAUUUUAUACUAUUUUAUUUUUAUUUUGUGAAAAAAGUGAUUUUUAUUAUUAUUAUUAUUAUUAUUUUAUGUCAACAAUCGUGUGUUGACGAAACUGAUAUUUUUAUUGUUUCACGAGUAAUGUCUAAGUGUUUUAAUUUUUAAGUAUUUGUAUUUUUUGCGUUUUUAUGAAUCGAGCUGUUAUAAUAAUAUUAUUUACCUAUCGAUCGUGUAUUAUUGUUGCUGUUUACAUUUCAAAACUAAAUUAUCCACCACCCUCGGAGCUUCCUCGAUGACCUUUAACCCGAAAUGUUUAUUAUUAUUAUUAUUGAUAUUACCAUAUUUUUAAGCCGUUAUAUUAGUACAUGUUUAAUUUACUUUUUUGUUCGAUGUUAUAAUAUGAUCGUAUCAUAUUAUUAUAAUUUAAAUACUUUCGGGUUUGUAUUUGAAAAAAAAAAUUGUUUACCAUCUAAAUUCUAUAUAUUAUGUAUUUGCGAUAAAUUCAUUGUAUUAAUCGUAGAUCGUCGUUUUAUUAAUUGUUUUUGCCGACGUUUUCGGCAGUUGAAAUUAUUAAUGAUUACCUAUAUGUAACAAUAUUAUUAUUAUUAAACUAUAAAUGUUUAUAUUUUUGUCGUCAUCAAGGGUAAAAUGUUUAGCACGCGAUUUAUAUAUAUAAAAUAUAUGGCUCUAGUCAAUACCAUUUACGAUAUAAUAUAUUAUAAUAUGUUAGUUUUAAAUAUUUAUAUUGGCGCUUUGUGUACGAACAUUGAAUAAUAUAUAAAAAAAAAUAUAUAAAUCGCACACACGUGAUACAUACGCGUGUGUGUGUGUAUAUUAUA